AAGGCAUCACCCGGCCAUUCUUUUAGUUUCAUUUCUUCGUGGGUCUGAGUUUCUGUGCAGCCUCUGAUCAUCACUAACUUCAUAAACUCAUCACCAGUGAGGAGGCCUCUGAUUUCCAGCUGAGCCUGAACGUCUCAACAUGAGCAGCUCCCUGAAGUCCAGACUGGGGCGACUGCAGAGUCGGUUCACCUGGGAUCUGAAGGGGGAGGACAUGGACCUAGAAAACCUCAGCACUCGACUCCAGGAGCACAUAGAUCUCCGGUUAGGGAAGCGCGGAGCCGUGGCUCGAUCUUACGGCUUCUUGGCCUACGUCAGGGGGAGCCGUGAAGGCAUCACCCGGCCAUUCUUUUAGUUUCAUUUCUUCGUGGGUCUGAGUUUCUGUGCAGCCUCUGAUCAUCACUAACUUCAUAAACUCAUCACCAGUGAGGAGGCCUCUGAUUUCCAGCUGAGCCUGAACGUCUCAACAUGAGCAGCUCCCUGAAGUCCAGACUGGGGCGACUGCAGAGUCGGUUCACCUGGGAUCUGAAGGGGGAGGACAUGGACCUAGAAAACCUCAGCACUCGACUCCAGGAGCACAUAGAUCUCCGGUUAGGGAAGCGCGGAGCCGUGGCUCGAUCUUACGGCUUCUUGGCCUACGUCAGGGGGAGCCGUGAAGGCAUCACCCGGCCAUUCUUUUAGUUUCAUUUCUUCGUGGGUCUGAGUUUCUGUGCAGCCUCUGAUCAUCACUAACUUCAUAAACUCAUCACCAGUGAGGAGGCCUCUGAUUUCCAGCUGAGCCUGAACGUCUCAACAUGAGCAGCUCCCUGAAGUCCAGACUGGGGCGACUGCAGAGUCGGUUCACCUGGGAUCUGAAGGGGGAGGACAUGGACCUAGAAAACCUCAGCACUCGACUCCAGGAGCACAUAGAUCUCCGGUUAGGGAAGCGCGGAGCCGUGGCUCGAUCUUACGGCUUCUUGGCCUACGUCAGGCAUCUCCAGGGUAAACCAGACGAGGCGCUGUCACUUCUCAGCCAAUCAGAGGAGGAGACCAGGGAGUGUUAUGGUGAGGACUGUGAGCGGAGGCUCAUCGUGACGUACGGAGACAUGGCCUGGCUCAAAUACCACACCGGAGACUCCACACAGUCACAAAGCUACUGCCAGAGAGUGGAGGACAUCCUGGUGAAGCAUCCCACCGCUUCCUCAGCAGAUCUCCACCCAGAGGUGCUUGGGGAAAAAGGCUGGACCUACCUUAAGUUCUCCAGGCCCUAUUACCCCAAAGCCGUGGACUGUUUCCGUGAAGCGGUGAAGCUGCAGCCUGAGGACAGCGAGUGGAACGCCGGCUAUGCUAUCGCCCUGUACCGCACAGAGAAGAGGGUUUCAGCAGCACGUGAAGAUGAGGAGUCGCCUGCGAUGAAUCAGAUUCGCCGAGCCCUGGAGAUCAACCCUGAAGAUGCUGUUCUGCUGUCCAUGCUGGCUCUGAAGCUGGCCGCCUACCAACGAUGCCAGGAGGCCGACAAGCUAGUGGAGCGAGCCCUGGAGAUCGACCCCGAAAACCCUCAUGUCACCCGCUACAUAGCCAUAUACCUUCGUAACCAGGGGAAAUGCAAUCGGUCUAUUGAUGUGCUGCAGCGAGCGCUGAAGAGGUCCAGUCAGUCAGCUUUCAUCCACCAUCAGCUGGCCCUCUGCUACAUGAUAAAGAAGCGCGGCCACAAACCAGGAAAUGAUGUGCAGCAGUGGAGGCGUCAGAGUAUUGAGCACCUCGAGGAGGCUGUCAAGAUAAAACCCUCAUUUCACAUCGCAUUGGCUGACCUGGCAGAGCUGUGUGUAGAAGACGGAGAUUUCACCAGAGCGGAGGCGUUGUUCCAGCAGGGACUUCAGAUGGCACCAAAGUUAGAGAAAGACAUCAGUCAAAAGUUCCACUUCCGCUAUGCUAAAUUCCAUCACUACCACACCAAUAACGAGGCUGACGCUAUCUCUCACUACACCAAGGGUCUGCUUUUAGCAGCGGAUACGGGGGACGGGCGACAAUGUGCAAAGAAGCUAAAAGAGAUUGCAGAUCAACGCCUUGAAGGAGACAAGGAUGAUGGGAAGGCGUUCGCUCUGUUAGCUGUGGUGGCCAAAGCUCAGGGUGACAAGAAGGAGGCUGCAAACUUUUACGAGAAAGCUUUGGACUGCGAAGAAAACGACGAGUAUCUGUCUGCUCUGUGUGAACUGAGGAUGGAGCUGGACUGAGAAAAGUCGAGAGCCACUUUUAAGAGUAGAUCUUCAUCAGUUUGCUGUCAUCGCUGCUCUGUGUCGUGGCUCUGUGUCUAGGGUUUCCCCCCUUUUGGUUGCUUCAUUGGUUUCUCUUUGUGUGCUCUGCCCUGGUUCGUUUCACCUGUGUCUCACUGGUGUAGAUAUAGGCCUGUCUUUCAAUUAGUUUCCCUUGGAUCUGGGAGUUAAAUAAAACUCCAUGUUAAUAAGCCAUGCAUGACUUUCUUUACCAAACACCAGAGGCCGGUAUCACGAAGCAAGCUCAACUUAUCCGGCUUUACUACAACUUAUCCAGCUGAACCCAUCCAGAAAAGUGACGAUCUGGAUAUCAUGACGCUGGUUAUCAGCUCACUAACUCAAUCCAGGUUUGUCUUGUUGUGAAUCAUAUGAGGGCGGGUUCCAAGGCAGCAGAACAAUCACAAUCAUGAGGCUGAUCCACCAGCAAAAAGGAGCAAAGACUGAUUCUCCUCAGAUAUGAAGAAGAAAAAGUAAAUCUCACUCGAAAUCUCGAAAAGUCAAACAUUGCUGCUGCACUGAGGAGACGCCAUAAGGCAUGCUAAAGGACUGCCGAUUGCAUAAAUGCGCAAAUUACACAUCAAUGGCUCAAUUAGUUUAGAGUUAAUGAAGGCACGAAUCCCAAUCACUGCGCUGCAUAGACGAAUCAUGUGUAUGACAAUUAGUGUCAUUCCCCCAGAUGUAAGAAGAACGUGGGAGCAGAUAAAAACCAAGCACAAAAGCAUCAUUUCAUCUACUUAAUUCUAUAAUACUACAUCGGUGAUAAUAAAGCUGGAAGCUGAUGCCCCAGUUACAUCAUAUCAAUACAUCAGGUUGUUGUCCUGAAUGAAAUGAUCCUGGUUCUGAGCUGUGUUUGAGCUAAAACAUCCUCUUCUUUGAGUGAUUAUCUCCUGGAAGAUGCGUUCUUCUCGCUCUUCUCGGGGUUUGGGCUCAUUGACUGCAUAUACUUUGGGCUUCAAUCUCAAUCGGGUUUUCGAUGAAAGGGCACCUGAUUCUUUUCCUGAACAGCUGAUUGGCCGGUGGGUGGAGGAGCCUUUCAUGGGAUUCAGAUAAAUCCUGACAGUCAUCCUGACCCGAAGCAGGUUAGCCGUUCGGAGUAGGUUACCGUGGUAACGUAGCUUGAUAAGAAUGAAUUCAGUUUAUCUGAUACCGGAAACCCAGGCUUAACCCUGAAGUUACCUCGCUAAACCAGUAAUCCUGCUUCCUGAUACAGACCUCUGGUGAUAACAUAACAGACAUGACAGCGCAUCAUUUGGCUAUAAUUAUAGACUCCAUGAUUCCUACAUCAUCUGCACCGUGUUCAUGCUUAGUGGGACCUUUUUGACCUAUUAUAUGUGUCUUUGUGUCAUUUCGCGUCUCCUUGCUACAUUUUUGUCUUUUUUGGUUGUGGUUUGUCUGAGCUGUGUCUCUUUGUGUCAUUGUGCCAGCUUUGUUGUUUUUCUCUAAGGCAUCACUCUGAGCUUCGCCUCACUACCUUCAGUCACUCCGUUCAUUCAGAGGUUCGUCUGAACAUGACUCCAGUUACAAAAACAUAUACACUUGAUAUUUGUGCUAAAUUGUACAUGUUAUAAUUAAACUCAACUUAUUUUAAGCUG